UGUGCUGUUGGAACCAUGGCGCCUGUCUGCCUGUUUGCGCCGCUGCUGCUGUUGCUCCUCGGAGGUUUCCCCGUCGCCCCAGGCGAGUCGAUUCGAGAGACUGAGGUCAUAGACCCCCAGGACCUCCUGGAAGGCAGAUACUUCUCUGGAGCCCUCCCGGACGAUGAAGACGCUGGGGGCCUUGAGCAGGACUCUGACUUUGAGCUGUCGGGUUCCGGAGAUCUAGAUGACACGGAGGAGCCCAGGACCUUCCCUGAGGUGAUUUCACCCUUGGUGCCACUAGAUAACCACAUCCCCGAGAAUGCCCAGCCUGGCAUCCGUGUCCCCUCAGAGCCCAAGGAACUGGAAGAGAAUGAGGUCAUUCCCAAAAGGGUCCCCUCCGACGUGGGGGAUGACGAUGUGUCCAACAAAGUGUCCAUGUCCAGCACUUCCCAGGGCAGCAACAUUUUUGAAAGAACUGAGGUCUUGGCAGCUCUGAUUGUGGGCGGCGUAGUGGGCAUCCUCUUCGCCGUUUUCCUGAUCCUGCUGCUGGUGUACCGCAUGAAGAAGAAGGAUGAAGGCAGUUACGACUUGGGCAAGAAACCCAUCUACAAAAAAGCCCCCACCAACGAGUUCUACGCAUGAAGCUUCUUCCCAUGAGUGCUGCUUGGACUUCAUGGGGAGAGGAGUUGAGGAUUGUGGACAGUGGACAUUGGCAGAGAGAGGGCACCUUAAUACUGACUUGUAUCUCCAUCUCUGGUCACCUUUCUGGUGUCAGAAGAGAUAUGAUCUUCUACUGUGCUGCCUCAGAGAGAGAGAGAGAGAGAGAGAGAGAGAGAGAGAGAGAGAGAGAGAGAGAGAGAUGGGAUGGGGUGCGGAGGGAGUGUCCGUGUGUGUGUGUGUCCGUGUGUGUGUGUGUGUGUGUGUGUGUGUGUCUGUCUGUCUGAGUUGCCCUGGCAGAAAAAUGGGGUUAAACUUGUUCUUUCUUGAAGGCAAGCCUGGAAUUGGGUCUUUUUGUUGUUGUUUCAAAUUUCUAGAAUAGAAUGUAGGACCAGUUUAGUUCCUGCCGUUAACAUGUCUCAUUUAUGACUGCCUUUAUUCUAGAGGCAAGGAGUUGGGGGCAAGGAGCCGGAACCCGCUGCACCUUGAGAUGUGUUCACCCGAGUACUUCCUCACACUACAGGGUCUCUGUGGUGUAUCUCGGGGCAUUCUAGGCUCAGUGACUUUUGAAAUUCAACCUUUUUUUUUUUUUUUUUAAAUCCAGGGAGGGUGGGACUGAAGUGCUGACAGCUCAUGCUGAAGUACACUUGUAGAAGAUUUGUAAAAUGUAAGGUUUUUUUUUUUUUUUUUUUAAUGGUCCAUUCCUUCAUGGGAGCGUGUGCGCCUGGGCUGAGAGCGUGGGGAUGCACAGAUGUUCUUUCUAGAACAUAUCCGUUGCAACAGCUAACUUUGUGUUUUCAUGGUUUUUUAUGUUUUGUUUUGUUUUUUUGAAAAUGAGAGAAGAGCUGGAGAGAUGAUUUUUAUGAUUUUUUUUGUUUUGUUUUUUACUAUUUAUAGCUUCAGACGGGGCUGCUUUUCUCUACCUUUCUGUCUUUACUGUUUCCCACUAUUUUUUUUUAAUGUUCUGUGCUCUUGUUUUUGACCCUGGCCCUUUCUGAAGUUGCUUUAUCUUAAAAAGUAGCUACAGUGUUCUAGCAGAUUCCAGAAUAUAAUGUAGGGGGUAGCGGGAUAUUUGUGUUCUUGUAAUAUAUAUUAUCCUUCCUCGGUUCUAGGAGAAUAGAUAAAUAUAUUUUUUUAGGAUAUAGAAUGAUACUACAGGUCUCAUGUUGGCUGGGUGGCUGCGUGAGUGAGUUUUCGUGCGGCUGAGUAAGCUGUUGCCCUCUUCUCUUGCCCUGCUCCUGGUGCCUUCUCGAGAUCGAGCUGGAGUGACUGAGGGUACCUGACUCUAACCUCACUGUGCCUUCUGCCGGGGGCUCUGCCCAGGAGCCUCUGGGUUUGCUUUCUCCAGGCUCUCUAGAUGCACGAUCCAAUACAGUGACCUCCUGUGGCUGUAUCAAUCAGUUCACUUGACUAUGUGAUUGGAAAUCAUUCCUCUGUUGCACUGGCCACACAAUUUAAGUGCCUAGUCACCAUCCACCGAGCACAGAGAUUGAGGCUGGUUUAGCAGGUUACGGUUCAGUUUUGCUUGUCUCCCCGGGCAAGAGAAGGGGACUUAGGAGGAAGGUGAUGAGGUCCCAGGGACUCCUGUCACCCAGGACUCUCCCUCUUACAGAGGAAAGACCUAGUAGCUUAAAAGGUCUGGGCUGUGUGGGGGUGGGGCGGUCAUACCACUCCCUCAACCAUGCCCUAUGCCUGUAAGCCCCCAUCACCACCUCCGUGCAGGGUCCUAGCUGGCUGGGUCCUCUUCUAGCCUUGUGCCUGCUCCUUUUCUGUAUCCCUUACUCUGUCGUCUGUUACUGAUUUUUUUGAUAAAAAGAUAAUAAAACCUGGUACUUUCUAGAUCGCCA